AUGUCGCCGACGCAGCGCGUGCCGGCGGCGCUGCAGCCGGCGCUCAAGGCGUACGUGCUCGGCUACGUGCUCGACGUGCUGCCCGCGCUGCUCAAGCUGCUGCUGCGCUUCGGCGUCACGCACACGCGCCUGCUCACCCAGCUGCGCCGCCGCCAGCGCGAGGAGCGCGCCGUGCGCGCCGAGGGCGGCGCCGCGCCGCCCAGCGUGCGCCUGCACAGCGCCGACGGCAGUGCCAGUGCCGAGGGCAGCCGUGCGCCGCCGACGUCGCUGUGGGCCGACGGCGUGCGCCCGGCGCUGGGCGAGGUGCCGCUGCUGCUGGCGCGCCUCGGGCGUGCGCUCCUCGUCGCGCUCGGCCCGCACGGCAUGGCCAGCGCGGCCGCCUUUGCGCUCGCCGGCAGCGCCGCGCUCGAGCGGGUGCUGCGCAGCGCCCUCGGCCUGCUGCUCGCGCUGCCGACGCCCAGCAGCAGCGCCGGGGCGCCGGGCGUGCAUGUGCGGGCGCGCCAGCGUGCGUUCCAGCUGCGCGUCGCGGCCACCUUCUUCGCCUCGACGCUCUCCAGCGGCGCCGCGCUGUACCUGCUGCAGCAUGCGCCGGCGCCGGCGUCGGCCAGUGCGGCGGCGUCGGGCAGCAAGGCGCUGCCCACGCUCGGCGGCAGUGCCGCGCCGCUCUCGCCCGUGCUGCCGCGCUCGGCGCUCAGCCAUCUCAACCCGUUCCGCCGCGGGCCGAGCUUCAAGGCGCGCUCGUCGCGCCCCACGCCGCUGGCGCCCGGCGGCCACUUCCUCUCGCGCCUCACUGCGCUCUCGCUGCCCGCCACGCCCGCGCUCUCGGUCGGCCCGCUCUCGCCCGCUCGCGACGUGACGCCGCUGCCGGCCGACGGCAACGAGCCGCCGAGUCCGCUGCUCGAGCCGCCGUCGUCGCCGGGCGUCGCUGACGCGGCCGCGAGCGAGGCAGAGGCGGCGAGCAAGGCUGCGAGGCCGAAGCGCCCGAGUCCGACGAUCGACAUUACGCUCGUGGCCAUUGUGCGCGCCCUCGACACGGUGCUGCGCGGCGUGCCUGCGCUGCGCACGCUCUUCGGCCCGGCCAGCAAGGGCCGUCCCAAGGGCCAUGGCAUCAAUGGCCUCGGCGGCCCAGACGCAGGCCUCCGUCUGCCCACGCGCCGCCAGGGCCUGGUGUCUCAGGCUGCCUCGGCUGCCGCAAGCCAGGCAGAAGGCCUGACGUUUGUCGUUGCCUGCGCGGUCAUCAUGUGGAAUUGGUUCUACCACCCGCAGCGCCUGCCGCCGACGUAUGUCAAGUGGAUCUCGAACCUCGCGACGAUGGACGAGCGCCUGCUGGUCGCUCUGCGCUGCCUGCGCAGCGACGAGCCCUUCUUGUGGCGCUAUGCCGACUCGCGCGUGCCGCCGGCGGGCAUCCAGCUCCUCGGCGGGCUCUCCGAGUCGCUCGGCCAUCCCUACGAGUGGGGCGACCCGUCGCGCAUGCCGCACAGCGCCGCACACGCCCGCCAGCUCGUGGCCCAGGCCCGCGCCGACAACGCGGCGCUGCGUGCAGCCGGCAAGGCGCCCGAGCGCGAGCCGCUGCGCGAGCCCAAGGGCGAGCCGGGCUUCAUCUUUGCCGGCGCCUGCGGCCCGCGCGGCCGCGGCGAGAUGGGCGGCAUGCCCUGCGAGCUGGUGCACUGCGGCACGGGCGGCGGCAACUGCUGGAAGAACGCGGCGCUGCGCUGGCUGCGCGCGUGGCGCAUGUGCAUGGGCAUCUACAUUCCCGUGCAGCUGGUGCCGCGCCUGCUCUUCAAUCCGAAGCAGUUUGUGCGCACGCCGCUGGACAGCUUCAUCAAGGUGCUGCAGGGCAGCGCCCGCAGCUCGGCGUUCAUCUCCACGUUUACCGCCAGCAUUUGGUUCAUGGUCUGCCUCGGCCGCUCGCUCCUCCUGCCGCGCCUCUUCCCCAGCGUCUCGCACCGCUUCUGGGACGCCGGUCUCGGCCCCAUGCUCGGCUCGCUCACGUGCGGCUGGUCCGUCUUCAUCGAGGACAAGCGCAAGCGUGCCGAGAUGGCGCUGUACGUCGCGCCGCGUGCGCUCAUGGCGUGCGCCGAGAUGGCCAAGCCCGGCUGGGCCAGCGGCGGCGCGCCAAGUGCGCUCAUGGCUGAACGCAUCCUGUUCGGCCUCAGCAUCGGCGUCAUCACGAGCGCCGCACGCUACCGCCCGGACCUCCUGCGCGGCAUCACCUCGCUGAUGGCGUGGGUGGUGCGCACAAGCGCGUCGCAGCAGCGCGCCGCGCGCGUCUCAGCCCCGCGCGCGCGCGCCUAG